UGGUUUUGCAUGCUCUGUUGCGUUGAAAGCUGCUUGACAGGUCUGACGACGAAAUACUACCCGGAAAGAGCAGUGGCGUUCAUUAGACAACAGCGCGCGAUGGUCGAUGCACUGAAUGAAAUGUUGUAAGGGAUAUUCAACGUCAAAACAUUUAUAUUUUUUGUGCUAUUAGUUUAUCAGGAUGUCGGCGUCUGCUAUAUUCAUCCUGGACCUUAAAGGAAAGGUGUUGAUCAGUCGUAACUACAUGGGAAACAUGGACAUGAAUGAGGUCGACCACUUCAUGCCCAUUAUGAUGAGGAUGGAGGAGGAUGCAGACUCCUCGCCCCUGGUGACACACGGCUCCGCCCACUUCCUGUGGAUCAAACACAGAAACCUCUACCUGGUGGCAAUGACCAAGAAGAAUGCCAAUGCAGCCCUGGUCUACUCCUUCCUCUACAAAAUGGUGGAGGUGUUUAAGGAGUACUUUAAGGAGCUGGAGGAGGAGAGUAUCCGUGACAACUUUGUGACGGUGUAUGAGCUGAUGGAUGAGGUCAUGGACUUCGGCUUCCCUCAGACCACAGACAGCAAGAUCCUGCAAGAGUACAUCACCCAACAGGGUCACAAACUGGAUGUGGGCGCCCCUCGCCCCCCCGCCACCGUCACCAACGCUGUGUCCUGGAGGUCGGAGGGCAUCAAGUACAGGAAGAACGAGGUGUUCAUGGACGUCAUCGAGUCCGUCAACCUACUGGUGAGUGCUACCGGCAGUGUCCUGCGUAGUGAGAUCGUUGGCAGCAUCAAGCUCAAGGUGGUCCUGUCUGGGAUGCCUGAACUCAGACUGGGCCUCAACGACAAGGUGCUCUUUGAAAUCACAGGACGAGAGAAAUGUAAGACGGUAGAGCUGGAGGAUGUCAAGUUCCAUCAAUGUGUCCGUCUGUCCCGCUUCGAGAACGACCGCACCAUCUCCUUCAUCCCCCCUGAUGGAGAGUCCGAGCUCAUGUCCUACCGCCUCAACACCACGGUGAAGCCUCUGAUAUGGAUUGAGAGUGUGAUUGAGAAGUUCUCCCACAGCCGAGUGGAGAUCAAGGUUAAGGCCAGGAGUCAGUUUAAGAGUCGCUCCACUGCCAACAAUGUGGCCAUCAUGGUACCUGUGCCCAGCGAUGCCGACUCGCCCAAAUUCAAGACGAGCACAGGCAGCUGCAAGUAUCUUCCUGAGAAGAGCGUGGUGCAGUGGAACAUCAAAUCCUUCCCUGGGGGGAAAGAGUACAUGAUGAGGGCUCACUUUGGUCUGCCUAGUGUGGAGAGUACUGAGUUGGAGGGGAGAAGGCCCAUCACUGUCAACUUUGAGAUCCCCUAUUUCACUGUAUCUGGUAUCCAGGUACGCUAUCUGAAGAUCAUUGAGAAAAGUGGCUAUGAGGCCUUACCCUGGGUACGCUAUAUAACGCAGAGUGGAGAUUAUCAACUCCGGACAAACUAAGGGCGAGCCUGCUGCUAGACGAAUAGAUCGUCACUCUCUCCCUCUCUCUGGGAGUGAGGGACAACAGAGGACAAGGAAAGGGGAACAACUUUCACCACUGUCAAUUCUCAAAGGACCAAGUAGUCAUCUUGCAGACAUGAGGACCUUCAAGACUCAAUUUCCCUUCAGAACUCGACUGUUGUCACCUUCGACCUUUGUUGUGUUACAUAAUCUGGAGAAACAUCUUUUUAUCUCUUUAGAAUAAUGAACCUAGUGGUUUUCUUAUUGGUCACAUUGUAAACAUUUGUAUAGUUGUAUUUUCUUCUUAAAGCUGGAAGAAUUCAGGACAUUUAUGAUCUCUGAAGUGUGAAUGUUGAAACCUGUGUACAGCACUGAUAUAAAAUGAUAUCUGGUUGGUGUGGAUGCUAGCAGUUCAUGUUAUCUUGGGGCCAGCUGUAAGCAUAUAAUCCCCACUGUGUCCAAUGAGAUGAACACUAAGAUAAUGAAUAGGCCUGCAUAAUAUCAGCAGCUGUGUAUUACCAUAUUGUCGUCACAGUUCCUAGACAUGUGCUUGUACUCAGCUGACAACUACGAGGAAAAGACUGAAGGAAUUCUCUGUGUGCAAAUUACAAUUAUGUAGUGUUUCUAACAGUCUUGUGAUACAGACACAUUUAUCGCCUUGAGAAAAAGCCAUGAUCAAAAUAAGUAAACCAAUAAUACAGGUGGUCCGAAAUGAAGAGAAUGUUGUUUAGAUAGGAAACAAAGUGGACAUAUCUAUGUCAAUGUGUCCCCACCAAACAUACACCCAACUUUUCCAAAGCAGCUAUUGGUUGGUAUGGUUACAGAAGUCUGUUGUGCGUGCAAUGCACCAGCCCUCAUAUCAGUUCUGGUUCUCUCUCUGCCAGGGGAAUAGCUCUGGUUCUCUCUCUGCCAGGGGAAUAGCUCUGGUUCUCUCGCUGCCAGGGGAAUAGCUCUGGUUCUCUCGCUGCCAGGGGAAUAGCUCUGGUUCUCUCGCUGCCAGGGGAAUAGCUCUGGUUCUCUCUCUGCCAGGGGAAUAGCUCUGGUUCUCUUUCUGCCAGGGGAAUAGCUCUGGUUCUCUCUCUGCCAGGGGAAUAGCUCUAGUUCUCUCUCUGCCAGGGGAAUAGCUCUGGUUCUCUCUGCCAGGGGAAUAGCUCUGGUUCUCUCUCUGCCAGGGGAAUAGCUCUGGUUCUCUCUCUGCUAGGGGAAUAGCUCUGGUUCUCUCUCUGCCAGGGGAAUAGCUCUGGUUCUCUCUGCCAGGGGAAUAUCUCUAGUUCUCUCUCUGCCAGGGGAAUAGCUCUGGUUCUCUCUCUGCCAGGGGAAUAGCUCUGGUUCUCUCUCUGCCAGGGGAAUAGCUCUGGUUCUCUCUCUGCCAGGGGAAUAGCUCUGGUUCUCUCUCUGCCAGGGGAAUAGCUCUGGUUUGCUGUGUGUAGGCCUACUGUAUGAAAUCCAGACCUGGUUUCAAAUACAUGUUUAUUUGAGUAUUUGUUAUUUAAAUACACAUUUUCUGUAUAUUUGAGUAUUUUCAAAUGUGGUGAAUCAAAACUUUUUUUCAAAAUACUAUUUUCAAAUACCUGGGAUAGAUGCAUGGGAGUAUAUUUGAGACAGUCUAUUUGAAUAUUUUAAAAUACUUUCCAAGUGUAUUUCCAAAUAUAUUCAACUACUUGUUUUUUCAAAUAAAACAUAUCUAAAUACUUAAUACUAAAUAGUAUGUGAACCCAGGUCUGAUAAUCUCAUAUUAAACCAUCCAUGUAAAAUGGUUGAUUAUGAGGAACAGGACAAAUAUGACUACACUCUGCCAUAUAUUCUCUCCAGUGCGGUUUUUAAUGAUUGAAAAACACAAUCUAUUAAUAUCUUAUUUAUUAACCUCUGUAUGUCAAUGGGGGACAAAGGGAUCUAGAUAGAAGUAAAUAACUUUGUACCUUA